AUGAAGGGGAUUGUAAACAAUUCAAAAUCAAUGCAGCCAAAUCCAGCUGCUGGCACAAUUCCUGGCCAAGGAUAUCAGCCGGCUCCGGAUGCACAGCCACAAACUGGAAGACGUACUAAAGGAUAUUUUUAUGCUCAAAAUACAGUUACACCUACAAAUAAUUCAAAUAUGGUUCCAACUGGUCAACCAAUGGGAAAUAUGCCAAGUGGAAAGCGUGAAUAUGUUAUCCCAUGGCUAAAUGAGAAGAUGCUUAAUCCAACACCUCCAAGUACUUCAUAUUUCAGAUUUUCGAGCCAAGCUUUUCCGAGAACCAAAGCACUCUUUGAUACUCUUAAGGUUCCAAUUGGUGCUGUUAUCAGACCAGCUGAUGUUUCUAAUCAACCUGUUUACGACAAACGCGGUGCCACAAGAAUUUGUUGCUUGAAGUGUGGUUGCAUGCUCUGCCCACAAGUCAAAUUUAACAACGAACAUAGUAAAUGGAUAUGCCCUGCUUGCAAGACUCUUAAUCCAAUUGAAGGAACAAUUUUCGAAGCUCCAGAACUUACUCAACAAGUUUACGAUGUUAUCGUUCCUCCGUACACCAACAGCAUGAGAAAUAGCCAACCCGUGUUCACUUUCAUCCUUGAUCUUUCUUUUCAAUCAAUUUCUUGCGGAAUUACCGAGCAAUUCAUCUACAGUCUUCAGUCAGCACUUUCUUCAAUGCCACAGAACGCUCGCGUCAACCUUAUGACCAUUUCCGACAAACUUACGUACUUCGAUUUUCACAAUCACGAAGAACUCAUUUUCCCUGAUUUGAAAGAGCCGAUCAAAUCUCCACCUGUACAGCAUACUAUCGGCGAGGUCAGAUCAGACUUCGAAGCAGCUUUACAACUCAUUCUCGAAAGAAUCCACAAUACACAGCCUCCACAAGGCCAUUGCCUUGGCAACGCGUUCGAUUUCGCAGCAUCAUUCAUGAUGUUUACUGGCGGCAUUAUAAUUGCCGUUUAUUCUGGAAUUCCGAAAUACGGACCUUAUAUCUUAGAAGAUCGAUCGUUAAACUACACCGAAGAGUCCAAAGUACUCAGAUUACCCGAAAACGAUACCGCCAAGUUCUGGCGAGACAUUGCUUUCUGUUUCAACCGAAAUGGAAUUUCAUUACACGUUUUCACAGCCGGACCACAUUACGCGGACCUUGCAACAGAUGCGGUUGCAACAGGUCUCACCAGUGGCUCAUGUUUCCAUUACCAUAACUUUACAACCGAAUCUUGUCUCCAAUUACACAACGAUUUAUUCAGAUUACUUACGAAAGACUACCUCUGGGAUGCGCAAGUGUCCAUCAAGAUCCCUCCUGCAGCGAAAGUAUCCAGAUUCCACGGAAACUGUGUCCAAAGAAAAACAAUUACGCAAGGAGCCACUUUUUGUGCGAUGCAGCCCGAUGACAGUGUUGUUGUUGAGUUUGAUUACGAUGAUACCGCUCUUAUUGAUGAAUUCUUUGUACAGAUACAGCUUUCAUUCACAGGUACAGAUGAAAUCAGUCGCAUCAGAGUAUUUUCUUUCUCUCUUCCUACAGCAACAGACAACACCCAAAUCAGACAGACUCUUGAUGAAUCUGUAUUGAUGGGAAUGUUGAUAAGAAGGGCUACAACACAAGUUCUCUCCAAAUCAACAAAUGAUUGUCAGUUAUCUGCAAGAAAAGUUAUGCAAGACUUGAGAGGAACAAAUGCAAGUGUUGUAUCUCUUCCUUAUUUGAUGCAUUCUUUGCUUUGCAAUGAAUUACUAAUGUCUAAACAUCCAGGAGGAAUAGAUGGAAGAUUAUCUAAUGUCAUCAAAAUUAGAUCUAUUGAUAUUAUUUCUCUUUUGUUGUAUUUGUAUCCUAGAUUUAUUGCUGUUAAUCCUGAUGCAACAACUGUUAUUUUGUCAUUGUCAAAGAGUUCUUUACAACAGUGUUUCAUUGUUGUUCUCCAUUGCGUUGACAAAAUUUAUAUUUGGUUGUCAAAUUACGUUUCUGAAGAAUAUUUAUCGAAUGCAUUGGGAAUACAGAGUUACCAGGAAUUGCCUCAGUCUGUGAAUGAUCUUCCUCAGAAUGGUACUGAUUUGAACAACAAACUACAUGAACUAAUCAACGAAUCAAGGAAUUUGAGUGGUUGUUACUUACCUAUUCAAAUUGUUUCUCAAAUAAGACAAGAAGACAGGAUUCUUGAUCCAAUUUUCGUUGAUGACAUCAAGGGUUAUGGAAUGGAUUACAGUGAGUACAUAUAUUCAUUCUAA